UGUGGAAUUGGAUCAAUCCGUUAUCCGUCAUUAAAAAAAAAACAACAAGUUUUCUGUUUUCCAACCUUGUUGAAAAGAUAAAAUUUUAACUAAUUUCAAACUCACAAGAGUUAAAUAAAAUUGAAAUCGUCAACUUGUUGAUUUAAUUCGUAAAAAUUGAAAUUUUGUUGAUUAGAAAUUAAUAAAACAUGGCGGACUCGGAAGAUGACUGGGAAGAGAGCGCACCAGUUGCCGUAGCACCGGCACCGGCUACUUACAGCCACAAUACUAGAGUGUACAGUUCUAAUGUAACAGGGCGUGGAAAUCGUAGAGGCACAGGAAGAGGCCAAAGCAAUGAAACAAACUGGAGAGCACGUGGAGGAGACGGACAAAACCGGCGCGAUGACGGUCAAUAUCGACGUGAUGACGCUCAAAACAGGCGCGAUGAUGGUCAAUACAGGCGUGAUGACGGUCAAAACCGCCGCGAUGACGGUCAAAACAGGCGCGAUGAUGGUCAAUACCGGCGUGACGACGGUCAAAACCGGCGCGAUGACGGUCAAAACCGGCGCAAUUUUCGUCAAGACAAUGGUAACAAAAAGGUUAUAUCAGUUCCGUCUAACAAAGUUGGUCGUAUCAUCGGCAAGGGUGGGUCCAAAAUACGUGAUCUCGAAUAUGAAUCCGAAGCUAAAAUUAAGAUUGGAGAUUCGAAUGGAAACGAUACUCAAGUAACCCUUUUUGGUACAGAUGAUGCGAUAUCGAAAGUAGAAGGCUUGAUCGAUGAGCUUAUGCAAGAUCGCAAACCUCCUCCACCUAAAGACACAUCUAAUGCCAGCAGCAAUGAUGGUGCAAGUGGCGCUUCUAACUAUGUAACAGUCAAUGAGAAUGGUGAUGAAGUAAUCGAUUGGGACAGGCUGAAUGCUGAAUAUGAUCGGAAUCAAAAAGAGAGAUGGAGUAAGUUGCCACCAAUUAAAAAAGAUUUUUAUAUAGAGGAUCCCGAAGUGAGAAAUAUGCCAGCAGCUGAUGUAAAACUGUGGCGUUUAGCUAACCAUGACAUACAAGUAAAAAGGACAUUCGAUGACAAACCUGAUUUGCGACCCAUACCGAACCCAGUAUUAACGUUCGAACAGGCAUAUCAGCACUACCCAGAAAUCUUAGAUGAAAUCUAUAAACAAGGUUUCAAACAGCCAUCCCCUAUUCAGAGUCAAGCCUGGCCUAUACUACUAAGAGGAGAUGACAUGAUCGGCAUUGCCCAAACUGGUACUGGGAAAACAUUAGCCUUUUUGUUGCCUGCCUUAAUACAUAUUGAUGGUCAACCAACACCUAGAGAAGAGAGAGAGGGUCCCACUGUUCUUAUUUUGGCCCCCACAAGGGAACUUGCACUGCAGAUUGAGAAAGAGGCUUCAAAGUAUCACUACAGAGGGAUAAAAUCUGUUUGUGUUUAUGGUGGAGGGGAUAGAAAAGAACAAAUCAAAGUUGUUGCUAAAGGUGUGGACAUAGUUAUUGCCACUCCUGGACGAUUUAAUGAUCUUGUGAUGGCCAGACAUUUAAGUGCAAUAAACUUCUCAUAUAUUGUAUUGGAUGAGGCCGAUCGAAUGUUGGAUAUGGGGUUUGAGCCACAGAUAAGAAAAUCUUUGUUUGAUGUGAGACCAGACAGACAGACUGUGAUGACUUCGGCUACAUGGCCAUCUGGUGUGCGCCGUCUGGCCGAGACUUACAUGAAGGAUCCCAUUCAAGUAAACGUAGGCUCUUUAGAUCUUGCUGCAGUCCAUACAGUUACACAGAACAUUAUAUUUGUAGAAGAGGACGAGAAGGAAGCUGUACUAUUUGAUUUUAUCAAAAACAUGGAAGAGAAUGACAAGAUUCUCAUAUUUUGUGGUAGAAAGGCAACCGCCUCACAUAUCUCUACUGAAUUAAUUGUACAUGGAAUAAACUGUCAGUCUUUACACGGAGACAGGGACCAGGGUGACCGUGAAGCUGCGCUGGAUGACAUGGUGGAUGGUACAGUCAACAUACUGGUUGCAACAGAUGUUGCAUCAAGAGGCAUAGAUAUAAAAGACUUGACACAUGUAAUAAAUUUCGACUUCCCACGUCAAAUCGAAGAGUAUGUUCAUAGAGUAGGCAGGACUGGAAGAGCAGGAAGAACUGGUAUUUCCUUAUCAUUUGUCACAAGACAGGACUGGGCGCAUGCCCGUGAACUCAUAAAGAUAUUAGAGGAAGCAAAUCAAGAAAUACCUGAUGAGUUAUUGUCAAUGGCUGAAAGGUUUGAAGCUAUGAAAAUCCGUAGAGACAGAGAUGGUGGUGGUGGCAGAGGAGGGAGGGGGCGCGGCGGCAGAGGAAGAAGAGAUAAUUACUUUUAGUGAUGGCCAUUCUGUUCCUUCAUUAUAUUUAUUUUGAAUUUAAUACUUUGGCAUUCUUGUAGGAUUAUUAUCCAAGACUUGGCAAUAUUUCAAUUGCCUGUAGUCUUAUUUUAUAACUAUGGCUCGUAAGCAACUUUGUCUCUACAAUAGUUUUGUCUCCCACAAGUCUGUAUAAAAGUGUGACAAUUAGGCUAUUGCCUUCAGCUGCUAUGAUUUGAGUGAAAAAUCUACCUCCAGAAUGUCUCAAGUGCCAGGCAAUCGCGUCGCUUACGCGUUUCUCUGAGGUUUCUGUGUUUUGAUUUUCUUUUAAGCCAAACUAAAGUAUAGCUAUUGCUACCUUUUUAACCUCGGCCAAAAAAUCUAUACUUUCACCCAACAAUGUAUGUCAGUGUUUAUUCAAUUGAGCUUAAAUAUUUAUUGAAAAACCAAUCAUGUUCCAGUCAGACUCACGUAUAAGAAAUACCACUUUCUUUCACAGUUUUUUUUUGAAUACAAACAAAUACUAACAGCCAUUUUGAAAUUUAGUAAUUAUUUGUUGUUAUAGCUGCAAUAGAAAUACACAUUCUGUGAAAAUUUCAAUUAUACCUAUUGCUGUUCAUGAGAUAUUGCCCGUUGACAGACAGAUGGAUGGACAGCUGGACAGCGGAGGUUUAGUGAUAGGGUCAUAUUAACACCCUUCAGGUAUGAAACACUAAAAAUGAGUAAUAAAAUAAUGUAAUUGAGUGUCAUUUAAUAUAUGCUGUAAUAUAAAAAAUAAUAAUUAAUGAGUGAUUUAUCAAUCUAUUUGAUGGACGUGUCUGUACCGCCGCACAUUAAUUCGGUCCCGAAGUCCUUGCUAAUGGUGAGGUUAGCCGUAAAUGUCAACAGUUAUAGUUAUAUUAAGGGCUGAUUUUUCCAUAGACUUACGAUUUUUCGCUACGCUCAUAAAUUUAUGGAUUUUUCAAUCGUUAAUGACUUUUUUCUGAGGAAUUCGAGGUUUUGGCAUUUUUUCUAUAGGAAAUCUGUCAAAACUGUCAAUUUAUUCCCUAGAUAAAAGUUAUUUGCCAUUUGAAAAUUGGCCCUAAGGCUAUUAAACUAAAGCGGAAUUGACAUUACAAAAUUAGUGGCACAAAAUUAAUUAUUAUCAAUUCCACGUGUAAUUUCGUAAUGCAUGCAUUACGAAAUUAGACGUUUACACGUGGAAUUGAUAAUAAUCAAAUUAAUUUCGUGCCACUAAUUUCGUAAUGUAAAUUCUGCUAACUACAUAUUAGGUAAUGGACACUGGAAUAUGAACCAAUUUAUUUGAACUGCUUGCAAGGAUCUUAUUAAAUGGAAAUUAAACUGUGAUAUAAAAUGUAUAGUUUUAGGCAGCAUUUACAAGUACCGGCACGGAUCUAAGGGCAUCUUGGAAAGCGUCUGGUUCCCUAUCAUUUGUCGAUUCUAAAGGAAAGCUGUUUAAAAUUCAGAUAUUAUGACUGGCCCAAUAAUACUGUUUUUCAUGCGGUCACAAUUUAUUCUUGACUCGUCAUUUUUGACCAGAAUUUUUCCUUCCUUUUCAACUCCCUUCUGUAAUUACAUAUUCCCAUUAGAUUACAUGGGGUUAUUCAAGAGACAGACCAACAAUUUCCUGAAAGGCCAUCCUCAAUACUUUCGCUCAUGCCUCGAGAGCUGUGCCUGUAUACAUCUUUCAAGUAUUCUAUAGAUUAAGUUUAGUAAAAUUGGAAUAAUUUUAUAAAUCCACCGCCACAUUUCGGGCCGGCAUUUAGAAUAUUAUGUUAAUAUUCAAUGAAAGGUCUGAAAAGUAAAAAAUAAUGCCAUCCCUUUUUACAGUUAGUCCAUACAUCGUGAAACUAGUUUGGUUUUAUCUGAAUACGUUUCAACCACUAUUAUGUAUAUGUAUAAGUAUUUUUGUUUCUUUAUCAUACUUAUUUUAACUUUUAAGGACUUCGGGAGUUAAGUACUUCCUUACUGUUAUCGUUAUAAUUACCUCCCACACGAUGUAUCUACCUAACGGCCGGAAUUAAAACCAAUUGAAUCUGUAAUCUAUCGAUAAGUUCAACAAUAUCGACAAUUUUUGACAGACUAAAUAACUCAUCCACAGGUUACAGAUACAAUUGAAUAGUAAUUAUUUUGUUAACGUCGCCCCUUAACGAUUGAAUUAUAUCAAUCAUUCCAUGUGAGUACUUAGUUUUAAGUUUUUUCUUCAAUAAAACCAUCUAAAUCUAAUAUUUGUUUUUAUUAUUUCACAUCAAUAAAGUUUUAAACAGGUCUUAAAAGGCUUUAUCCAUGAUUAGAAUAUACACAUUAUAUUAUUUAAAAAUACAACAAAUUCAAGCUUCCCCUACAAUACAUAUUGUAUGGUAACUUAAACCGGAAAUAUAAUGUGUUGUGCUGUGACGCGCCAGAAGCAUAUCGUUUUCAUACAUUUAUUAUGGUUACCGAUAUGCUUCUGAUGCGUCAUUACACAACACGACACAUUAAUAUUUUUCCGGUUUUAGGAGUGGAUAUUUCAUCAGAUUAUUUAUCACUUACGUUUUACGUUACAAUUAUUAUAAUUGAGUGCUUUUUUAAUUAGGUGUAAGUAUACCGUGCGUUUUGAAAUGAGAUUUUGAACACAAACAAAAAAAUACUCAUGUAUCAUAGGCGUAGCCAGGCCGGACACCUAAAAAUGUAAGACAACAAUAAUACGAUGAUGGCAGUUAAUAGCACCUAUAAGUAUCGCGUGUGCUUAGGGCCUAA